AUGGCAGAUUGCUUCAUCAGAGUGAGCAAGCAAGAAGAGCCAGGCAGAGAGAGGGAGUAUGUGGGGGAAGAACUGAUGACCACCCCAAUUUUGCAGGCCACUGAGGCCCUGUCCCCGGAAGCUGAAGCCGGCACAGCACUCAUAGCAGUUGUGAUCACCGUGGUCUUCCUCACACUACUCUCAGUCGUGGUCUUGAUCUUCUUUUACCUGUACAAGAACAAAGGCAGCUACAUCACCUACGAACCUACAGGAGGCGAGCCCAGCGCCAUCCUCCAGAUGGAAAGUGACUCAGCCAAGGGCAGGGAGAAGGAGGAGUAUUUCAUCUAA